CUGCGCUUGAGGUGACCUCCGUUUUGCGCUCCCUCAGUCUCAGGCGUGGCCUCCUGGAGCGCCCUGGCACGCGGCUGCUACUUCGCGGUCUUCUGGUUUUCAAUAAAGUUUUCCUCCUUGUACGGAGCUCAAGAUGGCGGCCUCCUGGUCGCCCUUGGUUACCCUGCGCUCCGCGGCGCGCAGCCGGCUGACUGGGCGAGGUGUUGGGUGCGGGGCGCGGGCCGUCGCAAUCCCUCCUCCGGCCCCUGGCCCUGGGAAACCCCUUUGGAAAGCCUACACAGUCCAGACAUCGGAAAAUGGACGCCCAACAGCCGCUUCCGAAGCCCAUUCCCAAGCUUUUGCUGUUUGCCGUGGACCCCUGGAUCACUAUGACUUCCUGAUCAAAGCUCAGGAACUGCGGGACGAUGGACAUCAAAGAAAAGUCAUUCAGUGUUUGCAGGGGCUGCUGGAGGACCUGAAAGGAUACAGCGCAGAGGAGGAGGGGCUCUUUUCAAAGCUUUUUUCAAGGAACAAACCUCCAAAGGGCCUCUAUGUUUAUGGAGAUGUUGGUACAGGGAAAACAAUGGUGAUGGACAUGUUUUAUGCUUAUGUGGAGAUGAAGAGGAAAAAACGGGUCCACUUUCAUGGCUUCAUGCUAGAUGUGCACAAAAGAAUACAUCGCCUUAAACAGAGCUUACCAAAAAGGAAGGCAGGAUUCAUGGCUAAGUCAUAUGACCCCAUAGCUCCCAUAGCGGACGAAAUCAGCCAAGAAGCUUGUCUCCUCUGCUUUGAUGAAUUUCAGGUCACUGACAUCGCCGACGCCAUGAUUCUGAAACAGCUUUUUGAAAAUCUGUUCAAAAAUGGGGUCGUCGUUGUGGCAACAUCUAACAGACCCCCGGAAGAUCUCUACAAAAAUGGACUCCAGAGGGCUAACUUUGUACCAUUUAUAGCUGUCCUGAAGGAAUAUUGCAAUACGGUCCAGCUAGAUUCUGGGAUAGAUUAUCGGAAAAGGGAACUCACUCCUGCAGGAAAACUCUACUACCUCACAAGUGAAGCUGAUGUGGAGGCUGUCAUGGAUAAGUUGUUUGAUGAGCUGGCCCAGAAACAAAAUGAUUUAACUAGACCAAGGAUUCUAAAAGUGCAAGGCAGAGCACUGCGGCUGAAUAAAGCCUGCGGAACCAUUGCCGACUGCACGUUUGAAGAGCUCUGUGAGAGACCACUUGGAGCAAGUGACUAUUUGGAAUUAUCAAAGAAUUUUGAUACAGUAUUUGUACGAAACAUUCCACAAUUUUCUCUGGCAAAGCGGACUCAAGCACGACGGUUCAUAACUCUCAUCGAUAACUUCUAUGACUAUAAGGUGCGCAUGAUUUGCUCUGCAGAGACCCCUAUCUCAAGCUUAUUUUUGCAUCAACACCAUGACAGUGAGUCAGAGCAAAGCAGAAUACUGAUGGAUGAUUUGGGGCUGAGCCAGGACUCGGCAGGCCUCUCCAUGUUCACUGGGGAGGAGGAAAUCUUCGCAUUCCAGCGCACCAUUUCCCGGCUCACAGAGAUGCAGACUGAGCAGUACUGGAUCGAAGGGGACAGAAGCAAGAAGUAAGGUCACUGUCACAUGAAUAAAGACGGGCGACUGGUGAAGGCUGCGACACUUGACGACAUCAUUUCCUCAUCACCGACUGCACUUUGUCCUGCAGACUCUGGUCACCUGAGGCGGUGGACGAGGACCCUGAGGUCCCGUCUUUGUAGAUCCACGCUUUGCCCGUUUAU